UCAGGCGGGUCGGUAAACCGGCAGGUUUAUUUCUAGGAUGCUGUCGACAACUUUUCCGGUUUGCUCACGUGAUUAAGGUGUCACAUGACGUUUGUAUUGUCCUUUGCAAUCGAGCUUCGCCGUGAACGUUAACACGAUGGCAGCAUUCUUGCAAUGGAGAAAAUUUACAUUUUUUGAUAAAGACACUGUGAAGGAUCCUUUGGAUGAUGGGAAAACCUUUGAUCUUCCAAGUGGAAUAUCGGCUUGCGACUCUGGACGUGGUCAUAUUGUUCUUGGAGAUAUAAGUGGCAACAUCUGGCUUUUGACGCGACUCAUGCAGCUGACCACCUUUCAGGCUUAUAAAUUACGAGUAACCCAUAUCUACCAACUGAAACAACACAGUAUUCUUGUAACAGUUGGACAGGAUGAACAUGGAAUCAACCCUCUGGUAAAGGUCUGGAACUUGGACAAAAGAGACAGUGGAAGUCCCCUCUGCACAAGAAUUUUCCCUGCAAUUCCAGGCAACAAACCAGCGGAAGUUUCCUGCCUCAGUGUACAUGAGAACCUGAACUUUAUGGCUAUUGGCUUCACAGAUGGCAGUGUGGUUCUGACCAAAGGUGACAUCACUCGAGAUCGUCACAGUAAAACUCUCAUUCUGCAUGAGGGAACCAUCGCAGUCACAGGCCUUGCCUUUCGUCAGGUUGCAAAAGUCACACAUCUGUUUGUUGCCACUCUUGAGAAAGUCCAUUGCUACAGCCUGUCUGUCAAAGAAUAUCCAAAAGUAGAGCUGGAUACACAUGGGUGUGCUCUUCGCUGCUCCUGCCUCACAGAUCCCUCACAAGAUUCUCAGUUUAUUGUGGCUGGUGAUGAAUGUGUGUACCUGUAUCAGCCGGACGAACGAGGUCCCUGCUUUGCUUUUGAUGGAACCAAGCUUUUGACCCGCUGGCAUCAUGGAUAUCUUUUCUUAAUUAUUUGGAAUACAAAGACAAGGUUUGGUAGCAGGGACAGCUGCCCAUCAGACAGACAGCUUCUGACAAUCUAUGACUUGGACAACAAAUUAAUUGCCUAUAGCGCCUUAUUUGAUGAUGUCAUUGAUGUUGUGGCUGAGUGGGGCUCUUUCUACGUCCUCACCAGAGAUGGGACAGUGUAUAUUCUUCAGGAGAAGGACACGCAGACAAAGCUGGAAAUGCUGUUUAAGAAGAAUCUAUUUGUAAUGGCCAUAAACCUGGCUAAAAGCCAGCAUCUUGACAGUGAUGGAUUAUCUGAGAUCUUCAGACAGUAUGGUGAUCACCUCUACCUGAAGGGAGACCAUGAUGGUGCCAUUCAGCAGUACAUUCGCACGAUUGGAAAACUUGAGCCAUCUUAUGUCAUAAGGAAAUUUCUGGAUGCACAGAGGAUCCACAACCUGACUGCAUUUCUACAAGCAUUGCACCGGCAAUCACUGGCCAAUGCAGACCACACCACACUGCUGCUCAACUGUUAUACUAAACUGAAGGACAGUUUGAAGCUGGAAGAGUUUAUUAAGAGCAGUGAAAGCGAGGUUCACUUUGAUGUUGAGAUCGCCAUUAAGGUUCUUCGACAGGCCGGCUACCACAGACAUGCUGUUUUCUUGGCAGAGAGGCAUAUGCACCACGAGUGGUAUUUAAAAAUCCAGCUGGAAGAUCUGAAGAACUAUGAGGAAGGAUUACGCUACAUUGGGCGCUUACCUUUUGAACAAGCUGAAAGCAACAUGAAGCGUUACGGAAAGACAUUAAUGCAUCAUAUUCCUGAAGGUACAACACUGCUUUUGAAGGGCUUAUGCACCAACUACCAUCCAAGUGGGGAUACCGCUGAAAUUGACAGCCACAUGGAGAGGAACCUGCAUAACAAGGCAAACUCUGAGGAAUUCAUUCCAAUUUUUGCCAACCACCCCCGGGAGCUCAAAGCCUACCUAGAGCACAUGAUUGAGGUGGAUCCCAAUUCUCCUCAAGGUGUUUAUGACACACUGCUUGAGCUCCGAUUGCAAGACUGGGCACAUGAAAAGGAUCCUGAGAGGAAAAAGAUCCUGCAGGGUGAAGCUUUGUCACUCCUGAGAAGUGACAGCACUGUGUUUGAUAAAGCCCUGGUCCUCUGUCAGAUGCACAAUUUUAAAGAGGGUGUCCUUUACUUGUACGAGAAGGGCAAACUCUACCAACAGAUUAUGCACUACCAUAUGCAGAAUGAGGUGUAUGACAAAGUGGUUGAAUCUUGUAAACGUUAUGGAGACCAGGAAGGUUGCCUUUGGGAGCAAGCUUUGGGUUACUUUGCCAGAAAAGAAGAAGACUGCAAGGCCUACAUCAGUGAGGUCUUGGGUCACAUUGACCAAAACAACCUGAUGCCCCCUUUACUUGUCGUGCAGACGCUGGCACACAACUCGACAGCAACCCUAUCUGUUAUCAAAGACUAUCUGAUCAACAAGCUGCAAAGGGAGAGCCAACAGAUUGAGGACGACGAAUAUAAAAUAGGCCAAUAUCGGGAGGAAACUGCUCACCUACGGUCUGAGAUCCAGGAGCUCAAGACAAGCGCCAAGAUAUUCCAGAAAACCAAGUGUAACAUGUGCAACAGUCCUCUGGAGCUCCCAUCUGUUCAUUUCCUGUGCAGCCACUCCUUUCACCAACACUGCUUUGAAAGCUAUGCUGACAACGAGGCUGAGUGCCCAACUUGUGCUCCUGAAAACCGCAAAGUAAUGGAUAUGCUCCGUGCCCAGGACCAGAAGCGUGACUUGCAUGACCACUUUAAUAGACAGUUGCAGAGCUCUCAUGACGGAUUCUCUGUUGUAGCUGACUACUUUGGCCGAGGAGUUUUUAACAAACUCACUCUGCUUACGGACCCACCUGGCAGCAAACCUGUUGGGAAUCUAGAAAUGAAUUUGCAGAGGGACCUUCUCAUCCGUACCAAGAGGAACAGCUAGAAAAAUACAGUACUAAAUACAAAAAAAAAAAAAAAAAAAAAACUAAGCAACACUAUUUCUCACCCGAAUCAUGUCUCUGGUAAAGUGUACUUAUUUAUAUCCAGGUCACAUCUGCGAUACUUCUCAACCAUGUUUAUUGCAAGAUUGGAUGUAAUUUUGUAUUGCUUUUAACCAACUUUUGCUCUUAUUUAUCAUCCCUUGGCUAGUUUCUGAUUGA